CGGCCCUUGAGGAACGCGCUGCCCGCUGUGAUAGAACAACAGAAGCGCAAGGGCCCCGAGUUGCCACUCGUGCCAGUGAAGCGGCAACGGCAUGAGUUGCUGUUGGGAGCGGCGGGGUCGGGCCCCGGAGCCGGGCAGCAGCAGGCGACGCCGGGAGCUUUGCUGCAAGCGGGGCCUCCACGAUGUUCCUCCCUUCAAGCCCCAAUCAUGCUGCUCUCAGGACAUGAAGGGGAAGUGUACUGUUGCAAGUUUCACCCCAAUGGAUCCACCUUAGCAUCUGCAGGAUUCGACCGACUGAUAUUGUUGUGGAAUGUGUAUGGUGACUGUGAUAACUACGCCACGUUAAAGGGGCACAGUGGAGCAGUGAUGGAAUUGCAUUACAACACCGAUGGCAGCAUGCUCUUCUCAGCAUCCACAGAUAAAACCGUGGCAGUGUGGGACAGUGAGACAGGCGAGAGAGUUAAGAGGCUGAAGGGACACACUUCUUUUGUGAAUUCCUGUUAUCCAGCCAGGAGGGGCCCCCAGCUGGUCUGCACUGGCAGUGAUGAUGGUACAGUUAAGCUUUGGGACAUUCGGAAGAAAGCAGCCAUCCAGACAUUUCAGAACACGUACCAAGUAUUAGCUGUGACCUUCAAUGACACAAGUGAUCAGAUUAUUUCUGGUGGAAUAGACAAUGAUAUUAAGGUCUGGGACCUGCGCCAGAACAAGCUCACCUACACCAUGAGAGGCCAUGCAGACUCAGUGACCGGCCUGAGUCUAAGUUCCGAAGGCUCCUACCUCUUGUCCAACGCAAUGGAUAAUACAGUGCGUGUCUGGGAUGUCCGACCAUUUGCCCCUAAAGAGAGGUGUGUGAAGAUAUUUCAGGGGAACGUACACAAUUUUGAGAAGAAUCUUCUGAGGUGUUCUUGGUCACCCGAUGGAAGCAAAAUAGCAGCCGGCUCAGCUGACAGGUUUGUGUACGUGUGGGACACCACCAGCAGGAGGAUAUUGUAUAAACUGCCUGGCCACGCAGGCUCCGUCAACGAAGUGGCUUUCCACCCCGACGAGCCCGUCAUUCUCUCAGCAUCCAGCGACAAGAGACUGUAUAUGGGGGAGAUCCAGUGAAGAUGUGGAACGGAAGACCCCAAGGCUACUUGAGCUUGAGACCACAGACCGCAUCAGUGGCAUAGAACAGUGAGUGCCCGGCCAGCACCGCCCUGCAGACGGCCUUCACUGGCAAGAAACCAGGCGCGGGCCAGACCCCAGCGACCGCUUGGGCCUCCUUUCACCAGGAUGACAUGGGCACACUCACAGUGGCCUCCCAAACCCACCCGCCAGACUUCAGGCUUCAGGGACUGUUUGGGGUUUUGUGUGUGUGUGCGUUUUUUGUUUUUGUUUUUGUUUUAAAUCAGUUUUCAUCAAAGAAACAGAUACUGGCUGGUUUAUAGCUUCCCAUGUUCUAAUCCAGGUGGGAGGUGGGAAUGUGACUGAAAUUCAUCAGUUGGGAUUUAAUGUUUUUGCUUUUUCCUGAUUCACUUACUGGCUUGUAUGGUAUUUUUCUUUCUGUGUGUCUCUGAGUCGUUUUAUAUUAAAAGCCAAAUAGAUGCCUUUUUACGAGC